GCGGAGCUUGAAGAUUGGUGGGAACCUAAGGAGGGAGGGGAAGAAACCGGGGUAUGCGCAUGCGCGAGGAAGAGGGAAGACGGCGAUUUGGUUGCUGGGAUCUGGCACAGGAGGCGGGGCGGCGGCCGACGUUGUCGACGACGGCGACGAAGAAGAAGUUGUCGGUGAGGUGAGAGGGCUUCGGCGCGUCUCUAUCCGUGAGAGGGGCCUGGAGCGUCGCCGGUAUCGUCGUCACCGGGGAAGGCGAAGGCGAGGCGCCCUUUUCUCGGCCUGAGGCUGCCCAACAGCCCUUCAUCUAAGUCAUCAAUAAAGAGGGCCCAGGACACAAUCCUACUGCACUCCAGUCAUCUCUUCUUUCCAGGAUGAAGAGGAAAUAUUGAUUCUCCUGAUGGAUAUGUGUCUUCAUCUUAAUCUAGUUGUAAAUAAGAAGACUUUCUUACAUUAUUAUGGAUUUUAAAUGGUGCCCUCAAGAAGACAGGCUUUAUAAUAAAAUUUAUGUCUGAGAAGUGGUACAGCUUAUUGCACACAACAAUGACAACCUCUCAUAUGAAUGGACAUGUAACAGAAGAUUCCGAUAAUGAAACAAAAAAUGUGGAUCUUUCACCACUGGAGGAACCUCAAAAGCAUAGAGAAAUGGCUGUUGACUGCCCUAGUGACCUGGGCACCAGGAUGAUGCCACUGCGGCGGAGUGCUCAACUUGAGCGAAUUCGACAACAGCAAGAGGACCUGAGACGAAGAAGGGAAGAAGAAGGAAAGAAACAGGAACUAGACCUUAAUUCUUCUAUGCGUCUGAAGAAGUUAGCUCAAAUUCCUCCCAAAACUGGCAUAGAUAACCCUAUGUUUGACACUGGUGAAACUGUUAUUUUGGAGAGCCCACAUUGUGCUGUGAAAGUCCUAGAAGUUGAUGAGCUUCUAUCUUCACUUAAACAUGUUCAGCACACUCUGUUAGAUCCCCAAAGUCAAGAGGAAAUUGCUCUAAUUUUACAACUUGUGCAAAACACUGACUUUCAAAAUGCAUUUAAGAUACACAAUGCUGUUACUGUGCAUAUGAACAAAGCCAGCCCCCCUUACCCCCUUAUCUCCAAUGCACAAGAGCUUGCACAAGAGAAUUCUCCUGUCUUUCAGGUACAGAGUGUUUUGAAACCAAGCCAUCAAAAGGAUGGAGUAGAACUUAAUUCAUUAUUGAAUGCCCCUCAUAUUCAGGCACUGCUUUUGGCUCAUGAUAAAGUUGCUGAGCAGGAAAUGCAGCCAGAACCACUAACAGAUGAAAAGAUUUAUGAAAAUGUUGGUCUUUAUGGAGGAGAGACAGUUAAAAUAGUUCGUAUUGAGAAGGCUCGGGAUAUUCCUUUGGGUGCUACAGUACGCAAUGAAAUGGAUUCAGUCAUUAUUAGUCGAAUAGUGAAGGGAGGUGCUGCAGAAAAGAGUGGCCUGUUGCAUGAAGGUGAUGAAGUUCUGGAAAUCAAUGGAAUUGAAAUUCGAGGGAAGGAUGUUAAUGAAGUCUUUGACUUACUGGCGGACAUGCAUGGUACUCUGACGUUUGUGCUAAUUCCUAGUCAGCAGAACAAACCACCACCAACUAAGGAGACUGUGAUUCACGUGAAAGCUCAUUUUGAUUAUGAUCCUUCUGAUGACCCCUAUGUCCCUUGCAGAGAGUUAGGACUAUCCUUUCAAAAGGGAGAUAUACUCCAUGUGAUCAGUCAAGAAGAUCCAAAUUGGUGGCAGGCCUACCGAGAUGGAGAUGAGGAAAAUCAGCCUUUGGCGGGGCUUAUUCCAGGAAAAAGUUUUCAGCAGCAAAGAGAAGCUAUGAAACAAACUAUAGAGGAAGACAAGGAACCAGAAAAAUCAGGGAAACUCUGGUGUGCAAAGAAGAACAAAAAGAAACGGAAGAAAGUUUUAUAUAAUGCCAAUAAAAAUGAUGAUUAUGACAAUGAGGAAAUCUUGACUUAUGAGGAAAUGUCACUUUAUCACCAACCAGCAAAUAGAAAACGGCCCAUUGUCCUGAUUGGGCCUCAGAACUGUGGCCAAAAUGAACUGCGGCAAAGGCUAAUGAAUAAUGAGGCAGACCGGUUUGCUUCUGCAGUUCCUCAUACGACACGAAAUAGGAGAGACAAUGAAGUAGCUGCCAGAGAUUACCAUUUUGUAUCACGGCAAGUAUUUGAGGCUGACAUAGCAGCAGGAAAGUUUAUUGAGCACGGUGAAUUUGAGAAGAAUCUGUAUGGUACCAGCAUAGACUCUGUCCGGCAAGUGAUAAAUUCUGGAAAGAUAUGUCUUUUAAAUCUUCAUACACAGUCACUGAAGAGCCUACGGAAUUCAGAUUUGAAACCCUAUAUUAUCUUCAUUGCCCCACCUUCACAAGAACGGCUUCGUGCGUUACUGGCCAAAGAGGGCAAAAAUCCAAAGCCAGAAGAACUGCGAGAAAUCAUAGAGAAAACCAGAGAGAUGGAGCAAAAUAAUGGCCAUUACUUUGAUACAGCAAUUGUAAAUUCUGAUAUUGAUAAAGCAUACCAAGAAUUACUCCGUUUAAUUAAUAAACUUGAUACCGAACCACAGUGGGUUCCAUCAUCUUGGCUACGGUGAAGGACAACAAUUCCAAGGGAGAAGGGGACUUCGCUCACAGAAGACUGCUCAUCCUUGAUAUUAGAUGACGGGUUAAGCUCUAGUCUGCACUCAUGCUCAGUGUACUAUUUUUUUUUAUAGAAACAUUGUAGUCUGACACAGUUCUGCUGUGAUUUAGAAAGUCUGAACUUUCACUACAUUUUCAUCAGAUGCAGAUAUUCUGAACAAGCCUCUAUGUUUUUAAUCUUUUGAAUAGCCUUUCAAGCAGCUGCUCUAAAUUUUUCUUUUCUCUUUAAAGAUUUGAUCUUAAACCAAGCAUUAACAUUUCUGAUCAUUAUAAAUAUUGGUUACUUAACACUGUUAACUUUAUUAAGCUAUGGACAUGAUCGUAUUUUUUAAGAACACAACAGAAUACUGGACAAAAGGAAAUAAUUUACAAGGGGAAUAGAGGAAUUAAUCUGGAAGUUCACUUUUUACUGUAUAAAUGGGUUACUUUGAUAUAGAGUUGCCCUUAGUCUUGAAUUUGUUUUUAAUGAUGAAACAUUCCAUUAUCUAAUAGCACUGCAAUUUUUGAAAAUAUAUACAGUGUAAAUAUUUCAAACUUCUUUGUAUUUAGUUACUUUGUAAAUCAGGUUGAUAGCUUAUUAAAUAACACUAAGGCCCAUGAAGGUGAUAUAUGAUAUAUCAUGUGUGUGUGAGUGUGUGAAAAGUUGACAUCUUAGAUAUAUUUUAUGAUUUUUUUCCUCUUGGCUGCCAUUUUAUUGGGAGUCAUUGUUGUCCCAUUGGGAUUGUAGACAACUUUAGAAGGGAAGCUAUAUUUUUAUGAAAAUAGAUGUUCUUAUAUGAAUUUUUUAAAGCCUUUGCUUCUUUACAAUGUAAAAUUGUAUUUUAUAAUCAAAAACAGAUUUUGGGAUCAUGAGUAUUAGAGUUUUUUCUUGUAUUUUUAUAUAUAGGUGCAAGAUAUCUCAUGGCUAUUUGUCAUGUAGGUAGUUAAUCGGAGUUAAUAUUAUUAAAUAAGUCAUCCUGUAGUGAACGAAUGGGGUGGAAACAUUACUAAAAUUGGGAAGAAGGCAAAUUCUCUUUUCUAGAAUAAUCACCCCUCUAUGUGCAAUUGAAGAUACCCAUGAAGGUUCAGAUAUGACAGCUUUUGUGUCUAUGAAGCUUUUCCAAUUUUAGCUCAUUUAAACUGGCUAGUUUUGUUGCUUCUUUGUGGAUGGGGCCCUUGAAUGUGAAUAUUAAUACUAGUUUUUCUUUGUUCUGUUAUAGCUUUUAUUUUUAUAUAUUGUCAUACACUGGAAUUUCAUCAACAAAUGGUUGAGUGUACCGAACAGUGAAGAAUUGGCUGUUCUUUUCUAAAAGAGUGAACAGAAAAAAUAUAUAGGCGAAGCUGACACUUUUGUGUGUUUGUAACUAAGCUUAGUAUACAUUGGCACACUGCAUGUAUACAGAAAAACUGCUUAGGAAUAGAAGUUCCUCAGUAUUAUCUGUUCCCCAUCAGGAUCAGAAAAUGUUCUGUGCAGAUUAUAUACAAAGGGUCUUAAAAUGCAGUACAUUUAUCAAGAUAUUAUAAAAUAACAAUGUGCCUCCAUCCAAUAAUGUGUUUGGGUACAAAAUAGAAAUUACAGACAGUCCUCAAGUUACAAACAAGAUAGGUUCCGUAGGUUUGUUUUUAAGUUGAAUUUGUAUGUAAGGCAAAACAGAUACAUUUUAAGUGUAACUCCAGCCAAAAAAUAUACCUUUUAGAAUUGGAUGGCAUAGGGAAGGGCCAGCACCCCUGUGGUGUUUGUUUUGCUGUCUGUGCCCCUGUUCAGUAGAUUUCACUUUCUGUCACUGAUAAUUGGAUUGAAAAAAUUGCAUUGCUGUGGAAACAAGGAUUGGUGAUAAAGCUUCAGUGGAGAUACCUUUUCCGCAUAAUUCUUCUGGGAGUGAGUGAAUGGUAACUUUUCCCCACUUCCUGCUUUCUCACCCCCAUUCUUAACUAUGAGUUGUUUGUAAAUCUAAUGUUUGUAACUUGGGGACUGCCUGUAUAUGAAAUAACUCUGUAUCCUUAUAUGUAUUAUCUUAAAAUGAUUUUUCUCCAAUAAUCAGCUUUGACUAGAAUGCAAGCCAUGAAGGUGAAUGCUGUGGUGUAUUUUUCUUUUGGUUUGAUAGAAAAGGGAUUCAGAUAAAUUGGGACCAUUCAGAUGCAGAUCUGGGAUUCCUCCUUCCCUUCUUUGUUAUGAGUCCCCAGCCCAUUCCCUACUGGGCUAACUACCAUUUAUGUCUACAUUGCUAUCACCCAUUUUGAAGCCUGCACCCUGGCAUUUGAAACCAGAAUUGGAAGCAGUUUACAAAUCCAAGGUUACAUAUUGCAUUGACUGGCAUUCACAAAGAUUAUGGUUGGUGUAGAUAUGAAUAAUGUUGGUGAAAUGUGGUAGAAUUUGCACACAAGAAUUUGCACAUGAAGCGAUUAUGGAGAACUACAGACCCUGCAAGAAGAUGUUGUGCUUGUACAAGUCACAAUAGCACCUGUGCAUUUUCAGGGUUAGUGCAUAAGUGGCAUCAAAUACAGUUUUUAUUGUGCAAGCAUUUAUGUGAAGGAGUUGCACAAAGGAUUUGUAUCCAUGGGGGAGGGGGAGGAGUAAUAGGAAUUAUAGUACACAUUAGUAUCCUAGUCUUAACAAAUAAUAGAUAAUGUUCAUGUUAUUCAGAAUGCAUUCUAGGACAGUAUGAGAUACUGAAAUUGACACACCAAUAUAUGUAUUGAAGAGUAACAUGCUUUAACAAUAAAUGCAUUGUUUUCCUACUCAAAGCCAUUUUCAGUUUCUGAGAUAAUUGCAAAUAGUUACUGAUUAUAACCAGUAUUUCGGAGAGUGGCAAAAUUACCUGAUAUUGUAAAGUCUGCUAUCACUCGUCUCAACAUACACGGUAAGACUGAUACUUUUUAAAAAAUCUCAAGAGGUCAGGUUACAGAAAUGUACGGCUGUAUACAGUAGUAAUUACAAAAUGUUACAGAUCUUUCAUUUCAGAAGUGUUGAUUCAUUUCUGAAAUUGUCAUUAUAUCUUCUGAAGUGUGUCAUGCAGAUAGUGGUCAUAUCAUUUGAACAGGAUAAGGAACUAGGAAAUUCCUUCCAAAGAUCACAUCGUUUUGUAUUGCUGUGUUACCACAAGCUAAAUCAGAGCUGUUGUAUGUCAUGUUAAUGACAAAAAUACUUCCUAAAAUAAGAGAUAGAUGGAAAACCAUGAAUAUAAUUGUGUCUAUGAAAUAAGAGACAUUUGAUUCUAUAGCUUUUGUACCUAUGAAAUAGUUCCAUACUGGAAGCAUGAAAUCAUGUGCCUGCAAUCUGUUAUGAGUUGUUGUGAACAAAUGUAAAGAAUGCAAAAUUCUACUUCUGCUCUUUAAAGAAAUCCCUUGUAGCUGAAACUUCCUUGUAUCUGUGAAGCAGAUAGAAGGUUCAAUUAAAAGCCUGAGGUUGCAAUGGGGCCUAAAAUAUUAUGUCAAAGCAUUCUAAGCUAUUAAUAUGUAUGUACACAGUUCAGAAUGUUGGUUGUCAUUGACUUCCACCUCAAAACAUAGUCUUCCACAGAUAUCACAAGACUGCCCCUUCCUCUCCUUCCACUUGUAUCUCCUCCUAGUCUGAUCCAGUUUUCCAACUUCUUGGGAGUAUAGAGAUGAGGAGGAGAGUCCAUUCUUUUGAUGUGUGGAUGUACAACCUGUUGGCUAUGUUGGCAUGGUGCAACUCCCAAAGCCACUGCAUACUAACAAAUGGAUACAGAAGAGCCAGCUUCCCAUUUUACUAGCCUAAAAUUCUUUGGACACCGAGCUGCAUCACAGAAAUCUUAAGUCAUUAAUGUUAUGUAGUUGGGGUAUGUCCCCCUAAAUUUUUGGAUUUUCAGCUUCUAACAGCUCCAGCUGCACAAUCAUUGCUCAAAAAAGAUGAGAUUUUUCGCCCAGCAAUAUCUGGAUGACUAUAGGCUCCCUACACUAGGAAUGAGGUAUAAAAACAAAGUACUCUAAUAAGUGCAUCUGUUUAAGCACUACACUGGGAUUUACGUUGUUCAGAUUAGCAUAUAAAAUUUUAUUUGGAUACAGUGUCGAAGAUCUUGUGGAUUUUACCUUGGUUGCAUACUUAUUCCAAAUUCCAUUGGCAGAGCUUUGCAUAGAUAAUUAACUUCAUGGAGCAGUGGCCAUAUUAUUUGCUUCCCAGUGGCAACUGCACCAUCACAACAUGUGAAAUGGUUCUCGGACUAUUAAAAUGUCUUGCUUUUUUAAAGUCUUGACAUAUAUUUAACUUGUCUUAAUAUCAUGCUGAUAAUUAAACUACUUGACUGAAAAAUGAGACUUGAAUAUUACAUGUUUAAUUGUGGAUGUUUUUCAUGGUCUUUGGGGAGAGCAUUCUUGCACCAUUAUUUACUUACCAAAAAUAAAAGUCACUUGUUGCUUAUUCCAUAGCACAUAAAGUGUAUGCUUUGUAUUCACCUGAACCGUGUGCCUUUUUGUAAAUCUGCCCUAAUUUUUUGGUGGGGAAACCAAAUAUUAAAGUUUCCAUCUGUCCUGUGUGAAUCGUAA